AUGUCGCCGAUGUCGGAACCGUCGCCUGAAAACGAUCGGGAUCCGCAAUCAACCACCGUAUCUACCCCGACCUCCACCACCGCGAAACAUCUGAAGAAGAUCCCGGCGAUUCCUUUCCGUCAUUCGGAAUCGCAGAAAGGAGAAGAAGGAGAUGGUGAUGAAACAGCGAAGGUUGACGAGGUCACGCCGAAAUCAGCUACGGAUUGUUCGACGAGCGACGAUUUGCCGGAAAUUCUUGCUCCUUCUUCGUUAGGUUUGAAUCAUAUAAGAACGAAAUCGUCUCCGGCGCCGUCUCCUUUAAGGUUUUCGUCGGCAACACCGUCGAUUGAGGAUGAUAAAGACGCGAAGGAGAAACCUAGGGUUGGGGUUAUUGAUGCUCGUGCUGAUGCUCGUGCUAGAUGGCCGAUUCCUCCUCAUCAACCUGAUCUGGGGAAAAAAGUUCAGUGGAGUCAAUCAAAAUCUCAAAGGGUGUCUACAAAUACUAAUCCAGGAGUAGAGAGUACUCAUGUAGGUCUUGCCAAAGAAACACAUUCUCCACGGUUUCAGGCGAUAUUGCGUGUUACAAGUGGAAGGAAGAAGAAAGCUCAUGACAUUAAGAGCUUCUCUCAUGAGCUCAAUUCUAAAGGUGUGAGACCUUUCCCCGUGUGGAGAUCUCGAGCAGUCGGUCACAUGGAGGAGAUUAUGGCAGCAAUCAGAACGAAGUUUGAUAGACAAAAGGAAGAUGUUGAUGCUGAUUUAGGAGUUUUUGCUGGCUACUUAGUGACCACUCUAGAGAGCACUCCAGAAUCUAACAAAGAAUUAAGAAUGGGUUUGGAGGAUCUGUUAGUUCAGGCUCGGCAAUGUGCAACAAUGCCAGCGGGUGAGUUUUGGGUGAAAUGUGAAGGUAUUGUUCAGAAACUAGAUGAUAAACGUCAGGAGCUACCAAUGGGAGGCCUCAAGCAGGCGCAUAAUCGUCUUCUUUUUAUCCUUACUCGUUGCAAUAGGCUUGUGCAAUUCCGUAAAGAGAGCGGUUAUGUUGAAGAACACAUUCUGGGAAUGCACCAGCUAAGUGAUCUCGGUGUUUAUCCAGAACAGAUGGUAGAAAUCUCGCGACAACAGAACCUUAUUCGAGAAAAGGAAAUCCAAAAGAUAAAUGAAAAGCAAAAUCUUGCUGGUAAACAAGAUAAUCUUGAUCAGAACUCGAGUAGCGGAGCUGAUGCGAUGGAAGUAAAUACUGCUAGAAGUACCGAUUCAACUUCGAGCAAUUUCCGGAUGUCAUCCUGGAAGAAGCUUCCAUCUGCUGCCGAGAAAAACCGUAGUGUUAAUAACACUCCCAAGGCUAAGGGGGAGAGCAAACAACAACCAAAAGUUUACGAAAGCGGUGAAAACUUGCAUAGCCCAUCAGGCCAGCCUACAUCCGCAGACAGAAGUGCUUUGUGGGGUAUUUGGGCGGAUCAUCAAUGUUUUACAUACGAUAAUUCCAUGAUUUGCCGUAUCUGUGAAGUUGAAAUACCAGUUGUACAUGUAGAAGAGCACUCUCGAAUAUGCACGAUCGCUGAUAGAUGUGACUUGAAGGGAAUAAAUGUAAACUUAAGACUUGAAAGAGUAGCUGAAAGUCUUGAGAAAAUUCUGGAGUCAUGGACGCCAAGGAGCAUCGGAACCCCGAGAGCAGUUUCUGAUAAUGCAAGAUUAUCAACAUCAAGUAGACAUGAAGAUCUUGAUGAAAUCUCUCAAAGAUGUUCAGAUGACAUGAUUGAUUGCGUUCCUCGUUCAGAGAAUAUAUAUUCUUUGGAUGAACUGAAUAUCUUGAAAGAAAUCAAUGAAGCAAAGGAGUCAUCGGCAGGAAGUUUGACACCACCAUCACCAGCAACACCAAGGACAAGUCAAGUGGAUUUGCUACUAAGUGGCCGAAGAACAUUAACAGAGCUUGAGAAUUAUCAUCAGAUAAACAAGUUGCUAGAGAUUGCUCGCUCUGUGGCAAAUGUAAAUUUAUGUGGAUACAGUUCAUUGGACUUCAUGAUUGAGCAGUUGGAUGAGCUAAAGUACGUCAUUCAGGAUAGGAAGGCAGAUGCACUCGUGGUAGAAACGUUUGGAAGGCGCAUAGAGAAGCUACUGCAGGAGAAGUACAUUGAACUUUGUGGAUCGAUAGAUGAUGAAAAAGUAGACUCAUCAAACGCCAUGGCGGAUGAAGAAAGUUCAGCAGAUGAUGAUACAAUUCGUAGCUUACGAGCAAGCCCACUUAAUCCACGCGCUAAAGAUCGAACAUCAAUAGAAGAUUUUGAAAUUAUAAAACCAAUCAGCCGCGGUGCAUUUGGAAGAGUAUUUCUUGCAAAAAAAAGAGCAACCGGUGAUUUGUUCGCCAUAAAGGUGUUAAAGAAAGCUGAUAUGAUCCGUAAGAAUGCUGUUGAGAGUAUUUUAGCGGAGCGUAACAUCCUUAUAUCAAUUCGUAACCCAUUCGUGGUCCGGUUUUUCUAUUCUUUCACAUGCCGGGAAAAUCUUUAUCUGGUCAUGGAGUACUUGAAUGGAGGAGAUCUCUUUUCCUUGUUGAGAAAUCUUGGCUGCUUGGACGAAGACAUGGCCCGCAUUUAUAUUGCAGAAGUUGUGCUUGCACUGGAAUAUUUGCAUUCUGUACCUAUCAUUCACAGAGACUUAAAGCCAGACAAUUUGUUGAUCAAUCAGGAUGGUCACAUCAAGUUGACAGAUUUCGGGCUUUCCAAGGUUGGUCUUAUCAAUAGCACAGAUGACUUAUCAGGUGAAUCAUCAUUAGGAAAUAGUGCAUUUUUCGCAGAAGAUGGAACAAAAUCUCAACAAUCACAAGACAAAGAUAGUCGUAAAAAACAUGCAGUUGUUGGAACUCCUGAUUAUCUUGCACCUGAAAUACUUCUGGGAAUGGGUCAUGGUAAAACCGCUGAUUGGUGGUCAGUAGGUGUUAUUCUCUUUGAGGUUCUCGUCGGUAUUCCUCCUUUCAAUGCAGAAACCCCACAGCAAAUUUUUGAAAAUAUAAUCAACAGAGAUAUACCAUGGCCUAAUGUACCAGAGGAGAUAUCUUAUGAAGCCUAUGAUCUGAUCAACAAGCUAUUAACUGAAAAUCCUGUCCAAAGACUAGGGGCAACGGGAGCUGGAGAGGUGAAACAACAUGCAUUUUUCAAAGAUAUUAACUGGGACACGCUUGCCAGGCAAAAGGCUAUGUUUGUACCAUCAGCAGAACCACAAGACACAAGUUAUUUCAUGAGCCGAUAUAUAUGGAACCCGGAAGACGAAAAUGUUCAUGGAGGCAGCGAUUUUGAUGACCUUACAGACACAUGCAGCAGCAGCUCCUUCAACACACAGGAGGAAGAGGGUGAUGAGUGUGGUAGCUUAGCAGAAUUUGGAAGUGGACCGAAUCUUGCUGUGAAGUAUUCUUUCAGCAAUUUUUCUUUCAAGAACCUCUCACAACUGGCUUCGAUCAACUACGAUCUUGUCCUUAAGAACGCUAAGGAAUCAACAGAAUCUUCAAACCCAUCAGCCCCUUGA